AUGAUGCAAGGUGACACAGGAGGAGUCUUAGAGUACUUACAAGGGAUGCAAUUAGAGGAUCCAAAUUUCUUUUACGCCAUUCAAGUAGAUGAAGAUGACUUGAUAACUAGUAUAUUUUGGACUGAUGCAAAGAUUAGAACGGAUUUUGCUCAUUUUGGUGAUGUGGUUUGUUUUGAUACAACUUAUAGAAAGCACAAAGAUGGGAGGCCAAUUGCAUUAUUCAUUGGUGUAAAUCAUCAUAAACAAACUACUAUUUUUGGGGCUUCUUUGAUAUAUGAUGAGACAAUUGGAACAUUUGAAUGGCUAUUUGACACAUUUGCUAAGGCUAUGAUGGGAAAAAUACCAAGAACUAUUCUUACAGACCAGGACGGAAGAAUGGCAACGGCUUUGGCUUCUCAAUGGCCAACAACGUAUCACCGCUUAUGUAUAUGGCAUAUCUAUCAAAAUGCAGCAACGCAUCUAGCUGAUGUCUUUAAAGAUUUUCAAAAUUUUGCGACAGAUUUUAGUUACUGCAUAUAUGACUAUGAAAAUGAGAAUGAUUUUUUUGAGGGAUGGAGUGAAAUGCUAAAAAAGUAUGGUCUAGAAGACAACAAGUGGUUGAAGAAAAUGUUUGAUAUAAAAGAGAAAUGGGCUUUAGUGUAUGGGAGAGAAACCUUCUGUGCUGAUAUGACCACGACCCAACGAAAUGAUCGUCGCUAUGAUGAAUCCGUAGCAGAUUUUAAAGGCAAUCAAAGUACACCGGCAAUGACAUUUCCUUGUAAGAUUUUACAGCAUGCAGCAAGUAUAUAUACACAUGAAGUGUAUGAAAAAUUUAAGGAGGAGCUAUGCAAAGGGAUUGAUUGUAAAUGGGAAGUUGAUGGUGAAUUAGGAAAUCAACUGAUUUACAGAGUUACCACCAUAUCUUAUCAAAUUGCUAAAGAUGGAUUUUGGAAAAUGUCAGAACAAAUAGAUGCAUGUUGUCAAGGGAAAAAGAAAAUGAAAGAAGUGCGUAUUGAAGAAAAUUGUAGUGCGUAUCAAGAUGUUGACACUAAUCCAUCUGAAAUUGCUUAUAAUAAAAUAAAAGGCAUCAAGGUGAAAGAAAAAGUCACCUACAAGUCGAGCAAGAGACCAAGAAGUGCACUAGAAAUGGCUACUAAGAAACGCAAGUACAAGGUGAAAGAGAAGUUUUCAUCGAAAAGAUUACAGGAAUUUGGAAAUAAUGUUGUUUAUUCAAGUAUGGAUUCUGCUACAAUUCAAGGUUUUGUUCGAGAAUUACCACCACAGCAGACACAAGAACUGGGAAAGAAUGAUGAUAGUGAUCAACAAGUUGCUAAAGAUGAAUGA